AUGCCUACUCCCGGUCGCGGCGGACGGUCGACUCGAAUCACGCCACUUCCUGAGCACCCGGGAAAUAUAUACCGGCCAUUCGCGGAGCUCAUCGACAUUGAGAAGAUCGACGACCGAACAUAUCGUAGCAUCGCACCAGCAUUCUCCCCAGGUGGACCUCUCGGCGCAGGACGAUCCUACGGCGCUCAUGUCUACAGUCAAGCGGCAUGGGCGGCAUCGCAAACAGUUGCUCCAGGCUUCCUACUACACAAUGUUUCGGGCAACUUCCUCCUCGGCGGAGAGCUGAACGUCCCCUUCGUGUACAAAGUCCACAUCAUCCGCAAUGGCCGGUCAUACUGCACUCGCAUCGUCAAUGUCACUCAAAGCCAGGGCAAAGGAAUCUGCUUCACUUGCAUCUGCUCCUUCAAAACGCCGGAGCACGACCAGUUCGACGCCCAGGAAGAUCUCAACUUGUAUGAGAAGUACUCUUCCGCACUACAAGGGAAGAAACCAACCGACUUCCCAGAAGUCCCCGGCAUGGACCUGCCUUUCUAUCGGAAGCUUCGCGAGGAGACUGGCAUCAACGACAAAUUUCCUGGCCUGGAGUGUCGCAAGGUCGACAUGUCAGCGUACAACGGAGAUCGACAUCCUCUCGACCGGAGACAGCUCAUUUUCUUCCGCACCAUCGGCGACCUACCGGAUGAACACAACAUGCAUCUCUGCGCUCAUCUGUACGCUUCCGAUCGGAACAGUCUGUAUAUUGUUGCGAAUCACUUUGAGUUGGCGGACCAUUAUACCGGUAUGGGGAGUCUGGCGCAUACUUUCAUCUUCCACAGUCCGGCUAGAGCGAUGAUGUUUGGCUCGACGGGCGCAGACGAUAGGUCAAAGUCGCCGAUGCAUGACCAAAGCGGCCGCUGGUUUUGUAUGGAGAUCUGGGGCAGCCGGUUGGGCGGUGGGCGAGGCGUGCACCAUUGUAGGAUAUGGAACAGCGAUGGACAGCAUGUUGCGACCUCGAUCCAGGAUGGGAUGAUCCGAUUGGCGGCGAACCCACAGAGACCGACUGACGACGAAUUGAAGUUCGUGGACUCGACGACUCGGAAGUGGAGCUCUGUUCGGAGGGAGAAGCUGUGA